AGAUGGCAAGCACACCGCCCGUUGUGCCGUUCUUUCCGCUGCUGAUGAAGGAUCUCGCGUUCAUGCACGAGGGAAACGAAUCAAAGAUUGACGGCCUCGUCAACUUUGAGAAGCUGCGCAUGAUGUACAACCAGCUCAAGUCCAUCCAAGCCCAACACCGCACGAGCACGAAGCAUGUUGACCGCUGGGGUAUUGAGAAGUUGAAUCUGAAGCGGGAAUCAACACCAAAGGCGUGGUGGCACAAACACCAGCUGCGCACUACAUUGCGUCACUUCUUCGAUUGGGCGGAGGUUGAGACGGAUGAAGACCGAUUCAUGGGCAUGUCCUAUGCGUGUGAACCGUCACAGAUGCUGCUCAGGCGGCUGAAGAUCUCUGAGCCCGUGCUGCAUUCCGGACUCGAGAAACAUCGCGGAAACCUCGUGGACCUUCGGGUGAAACAGGACGAAAUGUCGUCUGCACAGGCAACGCCCACACAGGCCCGACGCAGCGUGCUCCCAGGCGCGGAGCAGGGUGAUGGUACCGCGGGUGAUGUUGGCGAUGGCGGUGGGAGCCCGGUGCGUGAUGACGAGACAACAGAGCAACAGAACACCACCAGCACACAGCCAUCAGCGCAGCGCUCACCAGCAACCGGUGCAAGUGAUGAUGGUGGCGACGGUGCUGCUGGUAUCGUUGCUGUUGAUGAUGAUGAUGAUGACGAAGAUGAGGGCGGGACGUUGCGAUGGACCAUACAACGCAAGGCGAGCGUGAUGAUGCGUGCAAGCAAAGCUCGGAGCCUUCGGCACAGCAAAUCAUCGUCCACGUACCAGUCGCAGCGUGCAAGCGCUGCUCCCACACCUGGUGAUGGCGCUGGCGAUGACGCUGGUGAUAAUGGAGGGGGUGUGGGACCAGCACCUUCGACUGGCGAUAAUCGUGAGGACAGCACUGCUUCUGCAGGGGCGCUGUUGGCGGGGAAGGACGAAAACACGCCGGCACCAACGACAGCAACAACGUCGACAUCAGCAGCAACCACGACCGAACCAGCAGGUGGCGACCACCCCACGUCACCGCAGCAGCAGCGGCUGGAUGCGUUGCGCGAGGGGCGGUUGUCGUGGCAAUCUGUCAGCCUGGACGACGACGAUGUUGAUGUGUCGCAGAGCAAUGCCGAUGAUGACCAUGAAGAGGAAAAUGAGAAGAGAGACGAGGAUGGAGAGAAGGAUGAGGAAGGUCACGGGGCAGCGGAAGAAACAGACGAAGGGGAUGAACUGGUGGUCUACGAGAGCGGUACAGGAACGACGACGGGUGAUGGGCAUGACGAGCGCAACGAUGAUGGUGAUGAAGGCGAUGGCCGUGCAGAGCAGCGGCAGGGCAAAGAAGAUGAAGACAAGAAACACGAUGCUGGCGCAAAGCCGUCCGCCCCUCAGACGCCUUCCACAGCACCAGCACCAACAGCACCAGCAGCAACAGCACCAGCACAAACAAGGACGCCGCCACCGCCGCCACUGUGCACGGAAGCAGCUGCACCUCUCACUGCUGAUGUUGACGCGUUGCUCGUGCCGCCACCGCCAACACUGGAAUUGGACUUGCACGAUGAUGGUGAUGAUGAUGAUGAUGAUCAUCAUCAUGAAGAUGAUGGUGAUAUCAGCCAUGAUCAUGAUGAGGAUGAUGACGACAUUGACGCCUUGAUCAGUACGGUGUUGGCUCCGCCCACGGAUUGGCCCGACAGCGCGGACAACGGCCACGUUGACGCAGCGUCUGCGUUGCCUGCAGGCAUUCUUGGGGAGGACGUUGCUGCACCACUCACCAGGGCGGACAUGGCGAACGACGAUGACGAUGAAGUCGAGAAGUUGUUGGCGCUGGCGCUGGCAGCACCUGAUGCGGACGACAACAUCAUGCCUGAUGGCGAUGGAGAGAAGGGUGAUGGUGGCAGCGAGAACAUGUCUGAAACCGCUGAUGUGUUCCUGAGCGAGAAUGACGACGACUACGAUGGUGGUGAGCAUGAUGGGGAUGGUGAUGACGGGUUGAUGCUUGCUCCGCCGCCCCCGCCACAGCUGCCGGAAGAGAGCAGUGAGGAUUCGCAAGUGCUUGCGACCAUUGCACAGCCGCCCCCGCCACCCUUGUUGGAGACGGAUGCGAGAGUGGAUGACGAAGACAGGGCUCGUGAUCAAGAUCAUCGCACAUCGUUUGAUGCAGACACCAUCACCCUGUCCAGCGGUGACGUGACGACGCACAUGUCUGAACUUGAAGACAUUUCACCUGAUGCUCUCAAUGCUUUUGAGCGCGAUCUCAACAGCCCCAGUGCCGCAGUCACAAACUUGAAUGGUGGCGAUGGUGGUGGUGGUGACGGUGACAUGGAUGCUGACGUGGCAGUGGCCCCGCCCCCUGGCAUGGAGUGGAUGGAACCACCACCACCGCCACCGACGAUGCUGGCUGAGGCUGAUGGCACCAGUGAUACGGAAGCGGUGGCGCCCAUCGUGGAUGCCAAGCAAGAAGACGCGAGCCAUGUGAUUGGUGAUGAUGAUGAUGAUGAUGAUGAUGAUGAUGAUGAUGAUGAUGAUGAUGAUGAUGAUGAUGAUGAUGAUGAUGAUGAUGAUGAUGAUGAUGAUGUGGUGGACCAGACGAUGGAAGCAGACGGUGGCGAUGCGCUGGCGGCGCCGCCGCCAUUGCUUGCGGAUCUGCAACUCGACCUGGGCCUCGACGCAGAUACAUUGGCAGCGCUGUUUGAGGCGCCGCCAACAGACGACAUGCCAUCGUUGGCUGAUGGGGAAGAGUGAUGGAGAUGGGGGUGGGCUGCUGCGUGAUGUUGCCAGCGGGGCUGCGGGUGAUUUGACCUGUGAGAUUUAUGAUGCUUGUACGUACCAUGUACAUAAAACGCUGUGAUUUGUCCA